AUGAAUUAACUUAUUUUGAUAAGUGUAUUAGCUAUAACUCUAGUAUAAGCUGAUCUUCCUGUUCAUUGCCUAAGACAUUAGAUUGUAGGCAAAUGGAAAAUGGAAGUCUCCGAUGUCUAAUUGAGAGGCGUGGGUGCAGUCCCAUGUGGACAUCAUGUUCCUGACACAUAACAUUCUUCAUAUAAGGCUGGAUGGGAAGACUUUCGUGCUUCAGAUUCAUUUGAAUUAACAUUGGGAAAUGAUUAUACAGUCACAGACAAAGACAGAAAACAAAGUGGAUCAUGGACUAUGGUAUAUGAUGAAGGAUUUGAAGUUGAACACAAUGGUGUUAAAUAUUUUGCAUUUUCUAAAUAUGAACCAAAUGGUGUUGAUUAUAAAUCAUUAUGUGGAGAAACAUUGAUUGGUUGGUAUAAUAAUUAAAAGACUGGUGAAAAGGGAUGUUAUAGAGCCAAGAAGGCUGAUGGAAAUGUUGAUGCAACAGAUUCUUAUAAACUUAUUAGUGUAGUCCAACCAGAGUUCAUUUAAAAGAACUUUACUAAUCAUAAAGAAGCUGUAGAUAAAUUGAACAGUAUUCCAAAAUUAUGGAAGGCUAAAGCUUACGAUCACUUUGAAGGUAAGAGUUUGUUGGAAUUGAAUAAAAUGGCUGGAAGGAGAAGACAUUAUCAAGGCAAAACUAUAAAGAGAGCUUCAUUUACUUAAUUAAAAUCUAAUGAUGUGUCAGAUUUACCAAAAACAUAUACUUUAGAAAGAUAUUUAGAUCCUCCCAGAUAAUAAAAGCAAUGUGGAUCAUGCUAUGCCAUUUCAACUAUGGAAAUGCUAUCAGCUAGAUUGAAAAUGAAAGGAGAGAAGAUCACACUAUCACCUCAAUAUUCAGUGGAUUGCAAUUACUAUAAUUAAGGAUGUGAUGGUGGAUAUCCAUUCUUGGUUGAGAAAUUCGCAUCUGAAUAAUAUUUAGUGACAGAAGAACAAUAUCCAUACAAGGGAGAUGUGGGAACAUGCAAGAAGAUAGAUUUCUCUUCCUCUUCUAAAGUGUACGGAGCUAAGAAUUAUAAAUAUAUCGGAGGUGGCUAUGGAAUGAGUAAUGAAAGAGACAUCAUGUUGGAAUUGUUUAACAAUGGUCCUGUUAUUAUGAAUUUUGAACCAGGAUAAGACUUUAUGUAUUAUUCAAGUGGCAUCUAUCAUUCAGUUGCUUAACAUGAUUGGUCUAGUUCUGAUCGUCCAGAAUGGGAAAAAGUCGAUCAUUCUGUUUUGUGUUAUGGUUGGGGAGAAGAGAAUGGAGUCAAGUUUUGGUUACUUUAGAAUAGUUGGGGAGAAUAAUGGGGAGAACAGGGAAAUUUCAGAAUGAAGAGAGGUACUGACGAGUCUGCUAUUGAGAGCAUGGCUGAGGCUGCAGAUCCAGUGAUAUAUUCUAAGUCAUCAGGAUAGUUUAUUGAAAUAAGCUAGACUAAUUUAAGAAAGUAAUGA